CCGAGCCUGCCCUUCACAUCCGUCCACAUCCUACCAGGCUCUGCUCCCAAGCACAACGAUGGCCCUGCUCAAGUCCAACAAGGUGAUCUACUGUCUGGGGAACAUCUCCCCGUCCCUGGGAGUGCUUGCCACCCGCCACAGCUCAUGGUGGGGUGGAGUGCAGAUGGGACCCCCCGAUCCCAUCCUGGGGGUGAGCGAAGCCUUCAAGAAAGACUCCAACCCCAAGAAGAUGAACCUGGGAGUGGGAGCCUACAGGGAUGACCAGGGCAAGCCAUUUGUGCUCAGCUGUGUCCGCAAGGCUGAGGCUAUUAUUGCAGCUAAACAGCUGGAUAAGGAGUACCUUGGCAUUGGUGGUUUGGCGGAGUUCACCAAGGCCUGCGCCCAACUUGCUUUUGGUGCUGAGAAUGAGAUCUUGAAGAGCAGCAGGAGCAUCACUGUCCAGACCAUCUCAGGAACUGGGUCUCUGCGUAUUGGAGCCAACUUUUUGUCUCGUUUCCAUGGAGGUCCACGUGAUGUGUACCUUCCCAAACCCUCCUGGGGAAACCACACACCCAUCUUCAGAGACGCUGGCAUGCAGCUCAAAGCAUACAGAUACUAUGACCCGUCCACCUGUGGCUUCGACUUCAAAGGAGCUCUCGAAGACAUUUCUAAAAUCCCAGAGCAGAGUGUGAUCAUGCUGCAUGCUUGUGCCCACAACCCCACUGGUGUGGACCCCAGGCCCGAGCAGUGGAAGGAGAUUUCUGACAUUAUAAAGAAAAAGAACCUGCUUGUGUUCUUCGACAUGGCCUACCAGGGCUUCGCCAGUGGAGACAUUGACCGUGAUGCCUGGGCUGUGCGCUACUUCAUUGAACAGGGCCACAACGUCCUGCUGUCCCAGUCCUUCGCCAAGAACAUGGGGCUCUAUGGUGAGCGUGUGGGCGGCUUCACUGUGGUGUGUAACGACGCAGAGGAGGCAAAGAGGGUAGAGUCUCAACUCAAGAUCCUCAUCAGACCCAUUUACUCCAACCCCCCAAUGAACGGCGCCAGAAUCGCAUCAACCAUUCUCAACACACCAGAUCUGCGCUCUCUGUGGCUGGAGGAGGUUCAUGGUAUGGCUAACCGCAUCAUCAAGAUGAGAGAACAGCUGGUGGCUGGUCUGAAGAAGGAGGGCUCCACCCACAACUGGCAGCACGUCAUCGACCAGAUCGGGAUGUUCUGCUUCACAGGCCUCAAGCCAGAACAGGUUGAGCGCCUGACAAAGGAGUUUUCCGUGUACAUGACCAAGGAUGGCAGAAUUUCCGUGGCAGGCAUUUCCUCUGCGAAUGUGGGCUACCUGGCGCACGGGAUCCAUGCAGUCACCAAGUAGAGCGGAUCCUGCUAGGAGAGCUACAAAAUCAAAGCAGCGGUGUUGACGAGGAGCUUUACGCAUCACUUAUACUCUGUCUCCUCCAUUCCACCUUUUAGAAAAGAGCUCAAUGUUUAGUUAGACAUUUUCUCGAUUGGAUUUCUUCACAAGUUCAACUUGGAACAGUUGCUGCUGUCCAACAGUUUAAUUUCUGGUUAACUUCAUUUAACAUAUCACUGAACAGGGUCCCCUUUCAAAUUUCAAAAGACAUCUCCCACUACUGAAGGAUCAUCUUUGCUUAUUUAUUAUGUGGAAUCAACUGUUGGCUGUGCAUGAGUGUCCUCCUCAAUUAUCUUCUGCGAGCCCACACACUCUUAAACAUCAAGGAAUUAACAUUGGGGGCUUGUUAGACUGUGCAAAUCAAGAUCUCUGUUGCUUUGUGGAAGCCUGUAGAAAAUGUGAGUUAUUUUGUUUCUUAAUUUUAAUGGAGUUGUAGCACUUUAUAAGUUGUAAGGCACUGUUUGAGUUUAAAUAUUAGGCUGGCAUCCUUUUUUCAUUUGGCAGUCAGGUAAUCAAUUCACUACCAGGCCAAUCUGUGGUUGUUCUUCUGAACUAAUCAAUCCUCUACAACUUGUCUCUUUAUUGUCUCCGUUUGGAAUUCACCUUGAUAUCUCUCUUGCAUUCACUCCUUUUUCAGUGGGAUUUGUGAACAACCUUUGGGUUUUAUCUAGAAGGGUCUCUCAGCAGUCUCUCAGUCAGUCCCUUUUUAACCCCCCAAUUUAAAAACAAGCACACAAGCCAAACACGGUUAAACUCCGCAAUCAGUACAUUGAAUGAAUUCUACAAUGGAGAUUUUUUUCAAUAAUUUGCCAUAGCCCCAAAUCAAACAUUACGUUUAAAUUUUAUUUUAAUUGUGGAGUCUUUUGGUUAAUACGGACGAGUGUGAUGUGUGAUCAGAGUGAUCAUCGGACAGUUCAUGAAGAAUAAUGCACAUGCUGCUCACUCACUCAGACAUCAUGGUGUAUGUUUCACAGUGUAUGAAUCUGUUCAUCUGUGAGAUGGUGAGACAAACGACAUUUACAUGUGGAGGUUUUCGCCCAGUCUCUUCAUAAACCGCUGGCACGUCGCCUCCAUGUUUUGCAUUCUGUCAUAAAAUAACGGAUCAUUGGGCAUGUACCUUAUUGAACAAACAAUAAAUGGUUAUAGAAGAA